AUGUCUUCUCCAUCGGACAGGUCGAGGGACCAAGCUAAACGGCACUGGCAACGUCGAGGGGUGGACGAAUCUUCAGACUCAAGAACAUCAUCUGACUACUCUGACAUGAACGAGACCGAAGAGGGUGGACAAGGUGAUGAGUAUGAGCUAAAAGAGGUCAGGAUACAACAGCCUAACGGCACAGGCCAUACUCGAAGGAAGAGACCGUGGGAGGCUAAGAGCAAAAGGAGCAGAAUGAAGCGAAUUCUAUCGACCAAACACGGCAGCAAGAAGCGCCGAUUAGUGGGAAAACAUGGAGGGCUGAAAGUGGUGGCGUCACAUGUACCACAAAAACAUGGGAUGUACCUCUCGGAUUUAUUUACUACAAUGAUUGACUCUAAAUGGCGAUGGAUUUGUGUGGUUUACUCGUUCAUGUAUUGUGGUAGUUGGCUCCUAUUUGGCUUUUUGUGGUGGCUUGUAACGUUCAUCCGCGGAGACAACGUCUGCGUCGACAAUGUUGAUUCGUUUGCAAGCGCGUUCCUGUUCUCGCUUGAGACGCAAACAACUAUUGGCUAUGGGGGCCGACAAAUCACACCCAAGUGUCCAGAAGCUGUUAUUUUAUUGAAUGUGCAAUCGCUGAUCGGGUUUAUAAUCGGUGCGUUUAUGCUAGGUCUAAUUUUCGCAAAAUUAUCGCGUCCGCGGAAUCGUGCGGAAACUAUUUUAUUUUCUCGAAACGCCGUGGUCGCAGUGCGUGACGGCAAAAUGUGCCUAAUGUUUCGGGUGGGUGACGUGAGGAAAAGCCAGAUUCUGGAAGCUCAUGUUCGAAUGCAUUUGUUUCGAAAGAGGAAGACUCGAGAAGGAAUUGAACUGCCGUUUUAUCAGCAGAACUUGCCCGUGGGAACGGACUGGUCUUGUGAAGACGGUCUGAUAGAGGACAGUGCAAUAUUUUUGAUAUUGCCCCUGACCAUGGUGCAUGUUAUCGAUGAGAACAGCCCCCUUUAUGAAAUGCACCCCAAAGAUUUGCUCAACUGCGAUUUCGAAAUAGUCGUUCUCCUUGAAGGAACUGUGGAGGCUACCAGUAUGUUAGUUCAAGCGAAAACGUCCUACAAAGCGGAUGAAAUUCUGUGGGGUCAUGAGUUUGUAAACACAACAGACGAGUCUAGAUGGAGGUCUGGCAGAUACAGGGUCGAUUUUUCAGUAUUUGACGACACCCGUUCGGUUCCUACCCCCCAGGUUUCGGCCAAGGACUAUUACGAAGGAAAAAUGUUUAAAAUGAAUUCGGAAUCAUCUUUACUGAGCGCUGGAACACAGGAGGACAUUGACUACGAUUCGGAUAACACGGAGCAGAGACCUACCGACACAACUCUAAGCACUGAAGAUAACGAGGCGAACGGGGAUGAAAUUACAAUUGCCCAUGUUUAA